AUGCCUUGCGUGAUAUGUAAUGAGGCAGUUUCGCGCGCGAGCCGCGUAGACGUUCGCCACGCCUCCGACGUCGUUGAAUCGGCAAAGUCGUGUUUGUACUGUCGCAUCAUCCUCGACGUGCUAAACAAGCACGACGUCGAGGCUCAUCAGCGCCUGCACAUCACUAACGAUGACGACACGUCUCAGACGCGUGCCACGCACGGGAUCAAGGUCCUAGUCAUAAAGGCGGGCCAGGUAUACGGUUCUCAAUUCGACUUUGUCGUUCGUAACUUGCGAGGACUAGACGCUGGCGCCUUGGCCGACGUCCUCUACUCCGGAUAUACGUAUACGGGCUCCUCGCGAGCGUUGGGAUGGGCUCAGCGCCAGAUCGCAAGAUGCCAGAUGACGCACGACACGUGCAGAAUGGAUCCUCAUCCCAUGCCUGACAGGCUGCUCUGGCUUGGAAACGGCGACGUGAAUGACCCGAGCUGGCUCGAGAGCGACGUGAAGCUGUACGAGUCGCAGUCUGAGGUUGGGCUGUACGCAACCUUGAGUCACCGCUGGGGACUCAAGCAGCCGCUACAGCUUCUUAGGGCCAACAUGGCCGAAUUCAAGGUGCGAAUUGCGUGGCUCACGCUCCCAAAAACAUUCCAGCAGGCAAUCCAUUUCGCUAGAGCGCUUGGAGUUCGUUACUUGUGGAUUGAUUCUCUAUGCAUCAUCCAAGACAGCAGGGAAGACUGGAAAGAACAAUCCGUAAAGAUGGCGUCCAUCUAUGAAAAUUCGUAUAUAACUCUAGCAGCUAGUGUCGCGGAGAACAGUGAUUCCGGAUGUUUCACAAACCCACCACCGUUCCUUGUGGGCUACGUGACAGAUGGCUUUCACAAAGCUAAGCCCGAUGAACCUGGAGCAAUUCUUUCUCUUGUGGAGGCCGCCAAUCAGUCUACCGUCGUAUUCGUCCGAGGCUCUUCUGAGCAUCCCAUGCCCUCUGUACAACUUCCGCUCCUCACUCGUGGGUGGGUUUUCCAAGAGAGGCUACUCUCCCCGCGGAUUCUCCACUUUGGUCACCUGGAUUUGAUCUUCGAAUGCAGUUCUUGCAUUGAGUGCUAUUGUAGGAAACAAGUCGGUGCAGCGAGUCGCAGUGUCCGAAGUCAUCCACCAAAACUACAACACGCCAAUGCACUCGGAAAAGGACUGUUCAAAGGUGUUGGUGGGCAUGAAAAUGCGUACGCCGAACGCUGGUGCGCCGCUGUGGAGGAAUAUUCCCAACUUGAUCUCACCUUCACGUCGGAUCGACUUCCGGCUAUUGCAGGACUGGCAAAGCAGAUGGCACGUUACAUGACCGAUGCCCGGUACAUGUGCGGACUGUGGACGAGCAGACUUGUGGUGCAUCUCUCAUGGAGACGGAGGACAGAUCUACCUCCUGCAAAUAGUGCAAAGUAUCGGCCUGGUCCGUCUUGGACUUGGGUGACGAUCUCCGGCGCAGUAGCUUACCCAAGAGGAACGUUCUAUCUCCAGAGGCCUGUUGUGGGUUUUGAAGAGUUUGCAGACCCUUGGCCAACGGUUGCUGGAGUCGACUUCAAUAACGAAGGUGAUGACGACUUUAUGACACUGAAACAUGGAAGCAUAACUUUACACGGUGUCCUUGUGGAGGUACGAUUGCGAAGGAUACGUACUAGUCAGAGAGACGAGAACGGCAUCGUUGACCUUAGUGGAGCGGAGCGAUUUUCUAGUGUUGUUUUGGAUCACGAGCCAGAGGAUGAGGAGUUGCUGAGAGAAUGGAGACACAUUAACCCGAAAUGGGCGCGGUUGUUUGACUCUUGUGGGGAAAGGUUAUCGUUAGAACGGACUGUACAAGAUACUGAAGACCUUUCAGACGUCUUCCCGCUUCCACUUCAGCGGGGAUCAUUGAAGGGGGUACUAGAGCACAAGGACCGCAUGUGGGCCUUCUGCCUUGGCAUGUGGAUGACCGACGGCAGCCAGAUGGACCAGUUUCUGCUCUUGGAGCACGCGGAAACGUCCAGCAACGCGUUUCGCAGGAUCGGGUGCGGCGAAUGUGCAGUGAAGAAGUCUCCAUUUAGGGGGAUUAGUGAAAGACACGAAAUUCUCCUCCAGUAA